UUUUAUUAGUUUACAGACAGUCGCAACCACUGCAUCAGAGCUGUCAUUCACUCAUUCAUAUCAGAUCAGAAGCAGUGAUUUCUCAUUUCUAUUAUUUUUAGUAUUUUGUCUUCUUUCCGAAAUUUCGCAGUUAGAGUAUUGCUCCAGGUCCAAGCGUUCCUACGCCUGCGUAAAGCAGUAUGGCUGGUGGUCAUGGACGUCUAGCGUUUGGGGCGCUAUGGUGUUGCUUACACUUACAGAUUACGGUGAUGGCGGCAUCAGAUAUUCCGGAAAGUCUUGACCUGCAGCUGACAGAAGAAAUGCAAGAAGUCAACGCCAAACACUGCACUGGUGCUCAUAAGACACAUCUCAAGGUUUAUCAUAGCGACAGCACAGACGUAGAAGCAUCCGGUUCACCGGUCAGCAAAUGCACACCGGAGCAAGAGCAGUUUCAUCCACCGACGUUCAUGAAUGACAAUCACACGGUGGUUCGUGAAGACUGCCCUUUCCAAUGGCAAUGCACCUUCCAGGAGACACGAUCGCCGCAAGCUGUGUGGCAGGCUGUGCCGCUGGCCGAGAGAUGUGAGAAUGGACACGGGCAGUGCAAGGCCACACAGAUCUUCAGCGUAAUCAUGCACUUGCGAGGCUGUGCGGACGUGUCAGGUGAGCCCCAGUGGAUCUACAACCUCAUGCCGCUUGCCAUUGACUACGCGUGUGACCAAUCAGUCAAUACUCAUUUUGCCUUGUGAUUGACGGCGCGUUCAUUUCGCCGGCUUAUGACGUACCGUUCUGAAGUUCUACGGAUAAUGUUCUCAGAUUUAUGAUCAUUUUAUUGGAUUCUUAUUGGAUAUCAUCUUAGCGGCUUGUUGUAUUUCCUUCUGGCAUGUUGCUGGUCAUCACUGUGGUAGCACCUGUGACUUGUCCACCAGCCCAUGUACCAGUCACGCAUACAGAUUAUAUCUCUACAGGCACAUACGAGCGCUCGCGCACACGCACACAUACGUACACACAUGUGCACAGGCACACACACAUGCACGCACACACGCACGUGCGCGCGCAUACACACACACACACACACACACACACGCACACACGUGCGCGCACACACACACACACGCACACACACACACAAAGCACUGCAUAUUUUGUAUUGCUGCCAGCAUUCGGUCUUAGCAUUGCACACCUCUCAACAUGCAUACGUACACUGCACCAAAGUGAUCAUUUCCGAGAUAUUGAAGUUACUGUUCCUUCAUUAUUGCCCCUGACCCAGACUUGAUACCUUUGUACGAUUAAAAAAUCCCGCAGAGCCGUAUUUCAUAAAAGGUUUAUUGGAGCCAUCAAUCAUAACGUUCCAUUUCAUGAAUAUCCCUGCUCCUACAUGUAUGCCGAAUGCGGCAAUGUAAUCCCUAUUCAGUCCGCGUGUACAUGUACUGUUAGCUUUUGUCAUGACCUUUUUCCCUUUUUUACGAAUUAGGUGCGUGGCUGUUUUCCAAGUAAAAAACAAAUGCAAUAUGCUCAUCCUGAUCGAUGAUUGCAGUAUGGCAUAAUUUGAUUGAUUGAUUUUUAUUUCACGGAUCCUCCAGAGGCAAAUAGAUGCCUAUCGAAGGGAGUCUCCUAAGUAAGUAAACUUCGCAGUAGAGACUGUUUUAAGAAUUUAAUUUGAAAAUAGUUUUUCGACUAAAAAAUGAUUUGGUGAGAUGCAUAA